UGUCACCAUUAGAAAUUAUAGCUCUUUUCAUAUUGCAUUAUGGUUGUUUCAGAUAAUAAAGAUACCAUUUAUGCUUAUCACUACUUCAGAUUUGUACUAGUGCUAGCUCCAUCACUAUGUGACAAGACCCAAUACCUUAAUAAACAAGUGCAUACAUUCCUAUGCCUCAAAUUUUUCUUUUGUUAAGACAACUGUACUUCAGUGUAAUUGGUUUUCUUGUUAAUCCUAUGUGUUGUAUUUCAUGCAUUUAAAAAUAUUAUUCCGAGCAAGUUUCAUCAGCUUCACAGUUGACUAAAUAAGUCCAUGGCACAUGAAAGGUUAAUAUUCCGUGGCUAAGAUCCUGUAGUUGUGGCAUGCGACCUCCACCUGGUGGCAGCAUACUCCUUACAGGUUAAAUUCUAUAACCAACAGUUGAGAAGAACUUUAAAUACUUGAGCGGUUUUCAAACAUUUUUUAUUACAGCCCACAAUAAGAAAUAGGCUUUCCAUCAUAACUGAGUACACAUUUACUUACAUUUCACAAAACAAUUCUUGUUCUUACCAUAUGACACAUUGAUAUUUUGUAUUACAUUCUAAUAUUCUCUUCAGCUCUCUUUCAUUAAAAUAAAAUGCUGAUUGCAACACACUGAGCUGUAACACACUAAAGUGCACUCUUUUACAUCCUAGGAAACCAUCUUUCAACAUGCUUCACAGUUUAUUAUCCAGUAAACUUCAUUUUGGUCUCCCACACAUUUUCAGGAACGUAAUACCUGCAUUUUAAAUAACUGCCAUGUGGGAAUUUUGCUGUCCUCGUGGAUCUUCAUAUCUUGCCGCAAGGUUCAAACAAAGAUACAAGCUGGUUUUCUGAACAGAAGAAAGAGGAUAAUAUUAUCAAGACUUUGCUGUCAUUAUUUUGCAAAGAAUACCUGGUGACCUAAAGUUGAGGAAAGGAAGGCACAAGGUUCUGUAUGACGGGAUUUAUCAUUCAGGAAGUCUGUUUACUGUUAAAAGAAACCAUUGAUUCAAGAGUUCAGGAGUACUUGGAAGUUCGCAAACAGCACAGGCCAUCAAAUGCAGAAUUCACAAGAUCCAGUCCCUUGUCCUUAAAAGGUUAUGGCUUUCAAAUCACAGCCUAUUUCCUCAAGAGAGGGAUACGUCUUCGCUGCAUCAGGAGCUCACAGAAUGCUGAACUCCAUGUAUUCCCUGACAGAUUUGUGGUUUGUGUCAGUCAGCUUGCAUUCAGUCGUGAUCUUUUAGCAAAUCAGAAUGAAGGUUUGACAGAAAGAGUUCUCCAUGGAGUGUCUGAUUACUUUGCUGAGUGUGCAGAGAGUUCACUUCCUCCCAGUGCAAAGCUCCGGAGAAAUGCUCUGAAAGAAAUUGUGAAAAGAACUGAAACAAAAAGCAGCAUCACGAGCAAAUCACAGACCAGAAGAGACACUGUGGAAACAUCUAGUAACUCAGUGAUUGCAGAGAUAGCAAGGAGGAGGAAUGAUGGUCAGGCUUCCUCCAGUCCCGCAUCAGAAUCCACGGGACUAGCAAAGGAUUACAUAAAGGCAGCUGAGAGCCACUGGGGGCUUCCUGUUCAAAAGCUGGAAAAAGUUAAUCAGACCCAGCCAGAAGUCACUAGUGGCCAGCAAAAACCUCAUCCUGGGGAGCGGUUAAAGACAGGGCUUCUAAGUGGGAGCCCUGUCUGUAGCUGUGAGUCAGCAUCACCAGGUCCAAAACAAAGUCCACGAGUGGCCAAAACCCAACAGAAACGCAGGAACUGCAGCUCUGCGGAAGACUUCGACCACCGCAAGAGAGUUUCUCUUGGAAGUGAUCGAUUAGUCCCAAGAGAAAUAAUAGUGGAAAAAAGCAAAGCUGUCAGGGUUUUGCCAGCUUCAGAGUUGUCAGAUCCAGGGUUACUUUUGAAACAAAAUUUGGCAAACACCACGUCUAAGGAAGAGUUGCAUGUUUUGGAAAGUCUCUCCUCCAGACAUCUUAUGAAAAAUAACCCAGGGCAGGCACAGCAAACCGGCUCAGCCACAAACACUGAAAGAUUAUCUACAAUUCAGAACAGCCCAACCAAGAAAAGAAAGAAAUACGAAAGAGUCCAUUAACACCAAAGAGGAUUGUACCGUUGGAGUUGAGGACAUAGUGGCCAGACCUGUGACAAGAGAGCUGCGUGUAUAGAUGCCGGGAUUUUAGAGGAAUUAAUUAGAAUGAUUACAUAGGAAGUGUGUUAUCUGUGUUAUGGCUAUGGUUUGUUUUCAAAGCUUCAAACCAGGAGGCUAUAUGCUUGUUCUAACAGCGUUGCUUCUUUAUCAUUAUAUUUUAUGACUGUCUUCAGAGAAUUAGUAUAAUGACAAAGAGCCAUCCCCCUUGUCAGGGAGGAGACUGUGCAAGGACUGUAUGAAGAAACUGAUCAUGAGCCCCUUCUUGGCACAUCACUGUGCAGAGCACACAAUGGACCAUGCAAAGACAGUGCCACUCACCUCCAGGGAUACAAUCCAUCCUCCUGCUCCUCAGCCUGAGUAGGAGGGCAGUGGAGCAACAGGCUGGUGGUUCUUAGCGUGUGGUCCUGGACCAGCUUGGCUGUCUGGAAAUGUGCUAGAAAUGUGGUUAUUGGGCCCUGCCCCAUGCUGAGUAACUACCUUUGGGUGAUUCUGAAACAUGCUUGAGUUUGAGAACCACUGGACUAAUAGAACGCUCCCUGGUGCUUCGUCCAACCUGGCUGCCAUGGCCUCCAGCUCACCAGUUGGGGCCAGAUGUGCACAUGCAUCCCCUCGGACUCCCUCAAACUUGUAAAACGCUUGGGUUUGGUGUAUGGGCCACUCUCUUCCCGAGUUCUACUGUAUGGUAGCCAUGGCAUCCACGAAGGUGUUACCCUUAUAAUUGUUGAAGUUGAUGGGCGAUUCUGCCCAACUUUAGGGAAGACAUCAGAGAGGCUCGUUGUUGCCUGUAGCUCAAGCAUGGCCCAGUCCCUGCUCUUGCGCCCACCUCCAGGAUUUUGGUUUGGGGCAGACUAGAACCUAAUGGGAACUCAGUUAACAGUUUCCAGUUUCCCAGUUGGAAGGCUUCACAGGCAGUUCAAAUUUCAAGACAGAGCCUUCCCUUUACAAUGUCACCCACUGUCUCCAGUGGGCUUGCUGAAAUGUCACAUAGUGAAUUAUAGCAAUGACUUAUUUUGGAUGGACACCUGCUAAAAAUUUCCAAUAACCGAAUUUCAUUCUAAAAUAGGAAAGAAACAAUAUUCAAGGUCUAUUCAUUCAAUACAUCUUUUUUUUCUGUUCAACAUGGGGUGGUCCUUUGAAAUAGCACCUCCCCUAAGUAAUAAGGAAAACCAAGUAUAUUCCCUAAAGUGUUGAAGUUAGCAGAAAAAUCACCUAGAAAAGCCCAACAAAAUGAAGAGAAUACAGAAACAGGCAUAGUAUAGGUUCAUGCUUGAGAUGGAUUAGUAGUUUAUUCCAUCUCGUUCUGUCCUUCCCCACACCUCCUGUCCCCACUUGUUGAGACUCCGUAAGACUCAUGAAGCAGCAGCCAUAUUUCAUGGCAACAUUUUGGAUCAGGAAAUUCCAUCUUGGUCACCAAGUUUGACUGUGGUGGUAGAUACUGUUACUCUGAUAUUCCAAACCCUGCCUAAAAACCUGUUCCUAUCCCAUGAUCCCAGCCUAACCAACACUACUUGAAAUGGCCCUGCCUACUGGUGUCCUGUCUUCUUCCCUCUUGGCUUUUUUCCUACUCCCAGCAGAACCCAGUCAAGGGAUUCUGUAGAAGAGGGAGCCCAACAGAAUACUAGCUUCAAUGGAGCUGACUCUGCUUAUGCAAUAGGGUUGGGCUGCACAGAGUUGAAACCCCCUGAGUACUGGGUAGAAUGUGCAUUUCCAUGGCCCACCGUAGGCCUCUCUCUUAGAGCAAACAGUAUUCUAGGUGUGCUCUUUAUUGAACACAGGACCACAGUGUAUCAUUGAAUCUUCUUAAACAGAAGCAAUUAGAAUGAUUUAUAUAUAGGGAGGGCACAAGUAAUAAAUAACCCAGGGGAUAGACCAAGAAGCAGCUCUCUGGAAAAGAGUCUGGAAUUAAAAAGACAGCUGUACUAGAACAAUACCCACUGCCUGCUCCAGAACUAGGGGGGAGAUAUUUGAGCUGGAGCCGCCAGAGAAAAUUUCUAUUGAGAAGUUUUUAUUUGUUUGUUUUGUUGGGUUUUUUUGUUGUUGUUUUUGUUUUAUUCUAAUCUUUCCCUGAAGUAUCACUCUGGUAUUGAGAAAUUUUUAUUUCAUUAGCUAACCUGGGCUUGGUGGUUAAGGCUAAUACUUGUACUUAGAAUGAUUCUCUGUCAAGAAAAGUCUUGACUUUAGAGUUUGUUAUAUUUGGGGAUAUAACAAUUACUGUGAUCUAAGAGAGAAAAUAGCACCUCCGGUUGUAGAUAGCUGUGGUUUUCCUCACAGCCCUCACAUCCCUUCAUGUAAAAGGGAUUUUAACAGGAUUUACAGAGGGAAUGGCUCUCAGUUCCCACACUGUGACAUGUGCUUGAGGAAUUUUGCCUUUAAGCAUUUUUCUUGCCCGUGGUUGAAACACCCCUGGAUCUCUUGUUAUUUGAGUGGUUGCGUGAUUCUUUGGAUAUUUGGAAGUACAAAGGGGUAAAUGGAUGCCAGGGGAUUUUUGUUGUUGUGGCUUAUUAGGUAGGAUAUGAAGAGUUCUCACUGUUGGGAAUGGUAUGUGUUUUGACAUUCUUAAUCAUCUUCAUAAUUUGGCAUCUGAAAGUCUGAAACAGUGUCAGUAUUCUUCAUCAAAAAGAACAAGUUCUUCAACCACUUACCUAGUACCCCAAAUUAUAUUCAAGUCCCUGUGACUCCAGUGCUUGGAGAAGUCAUUCAUCUGAUUCAAUUAAUGUUACACUUUGAAUUUCCUAACUUUCUCAGCGGCAUGGAUUCUAAGCCACUUCCAUGUGCUUUCAGGUGGCAUCUUAAUAGAUUGGUGUUGAGGUUAUUUUAAUGUCCAUAAACAAGAAAGGUCUGGAAACAAUCUGUAUUAUUUUUCUUUCACAUUUUCUUAUCUUUGCCACUGGAGGUUAACUGUCAUCCAGAUAUGAAUAUGAAUUGUGAAAUGCAAAGGAGCAAACAUUUGGGGGUAUGGGAGUAAGUGCUGCAGUUCUUUUUUUCACUGAUUUUAAUACUAUAGAAGUGUAUUUCAUUUUAUAAAAAGCAAGAAUCAUAAAAACCCUCUGUAAAUUGAUUUAUGGAGAAUAUAGCUUAUCUCCGAAGUAUCUCAAGAUAUAUCUUGGGGACCACAAUGCGAUCACAGUGUUAAUUGUUUGCUGUUGGUGUCAUGUUUGGAUUUUAGCAUGGAUUGUUAUGCAUAUCAGUGGCCUUUGAUUUCAGAAAGAGCUUAGCGAGGGCAGAACACAUAAGGAAAGGAAACCUCUGCUCAAGGGAAUGACCUGGGAUCACAAUGUCGCCAUUCCCAAUUUCCUUGAAUUCCUUCUUGGCAGGCCCUACUGUAAUAUUUCCACAAAACUGUAAUGAGUGGCCCUUCUUUGGAGGUAACAGAUGCCUUUCCUAAGAACUCAAAAUUCUCUUCAGCGUGCUGUGACUUGAAUAUGGAAAUCAUUUUAAUUUCUUCUUUUCUCUUAUGAGGAAAUUUCCAUGCUUGGUUUGUCAAGAGAGUUCAUUCCUUAUUAUUGAAACAUUAAUGAAUUGAAACACGUUGAAGCAAGUAAAAAAUCAAAAUUAGGUUGGUUUAUUUUAAAUAGUUAAAAGUCUUCCUUAGUACAAAAUAAAUUAAGCAUUGUAAAAUGAAGUUAAUUCAGGUAAUUACUCAGUACAGAAAUCUAAUCAUAUAUAUCAUUGGUAUUGCAAUUUAAGGGUAUAAUUAAAUUCUCAGAAAUCUGCAGGACUUCCUCUAAUUUGGUUUCUCUAUUUAUUUAACAAGACAGGGAACAAAUAUGUGUCAAUGUGCAGCUUAACAGAGGGGACUUGAAUGGAUAAAAUUAUCUUUAAUAAUCUAGAGCUACCCAGUACUGGGCUUGAAUUUAAUCAUAUUCACAUGUUUCCUUUGGCAGCAUAAUAUUACCAUACACCAUAUUACCUUAUAAUUGCCAUUACAAUUCCUUAUCAAAGAUGUUAAUUCUUUGCUUGAGCAAAAAAUCAGUAAACCAUAUGUCUGACCCUAAAGUAUUUGAUCAGGGAACAGAAGGUGUGAAUUGGACAGAUUCCCCUAAUAACUUUCUUCAAUCAAGUUAGAAAACCAAAAGCUAUGUAAGUCACCAGGAGAGCUCUUUUUCCCUUAUCUUCUCAUUUGUUUUGUUUUCAACUGUUUAAAUAGUUCAAGUGGUUGUGCAUGCCUAGGGGAUGAAACUUACGUAGUAGAAACGUACUGUUUUAUGAAUAAAGAGUAAAAUUGUUUUUAAAAAUUAGUGUGUAUCACUUCUGUUCUUCAAAAAUAAGUGAAUUAACCCCAAGAAAUACAUAUUCAAAAAUGCCCUUUUCUAGACAGCUAUUUUAAAUUAUGCUCUAUUUAUAAGAAGUGUUUGUGUUUUAUUUGUUGAAAUAAUUCUGCAGUUUUGAAUACUAUGUAAAAUAAUCAGAGGAGCUUUCCAUUUAACCAUUGGCCUUCAGGAUGUAAGUAUUGAAAACUCAGCAUGAAGCCUUUGGAUUAAAUUGACCCAUCAGUUAUUGGGGUGCUCCUUACAGUGUGGACUUGCUCCCAAUUCUGCUCCCAGCUAUGAGCUAAGAUAGACGUCUUUGGCAGGAUUAAACUAUGGCACUUUGACUCCUUUCCAAGGAUCUUGACAUUCCCCAAGUAGAUUCAUUUGUAUUUUCCAAGUGAAUCUACUCUUUACUCAGAACUGAUGAAGUCCUGGGCUGACUGUCUACACUGCCUUUUAUUUCAGUACUGCAGGUUUCUCUAGUUUUGUACAUAACUUUUCAGAAGGAGUUCAGUCAGGUUGGAAUAAUACAUUUGAAUAGCUGUGCGUGCAAUGCUGAGAACCUCUGCAGUCGAUGAGGCGUAGCUCAUUUCUUCUUAGUGUUUUGGUCAUGGUGGUCCGCCAUCUGGCCGAACCCACAGGAAAGACGCCCUGCCCUGGACAUUGGGGCUGGGCCUGGGAUCUGGGGACUGCCCAACAGCAUGGGGCUGCAAGCUGCAAUCCGUGGGUCCAGGCUGCUGCUUUGCCACUAGUUGGUUUUACAUGUUUUGGUACAAGUCAUGUAACCACCCAGGCCUCAGUUUCUUCAUCUGUCAAAUAAAAUUAUCUCUAAUAUUUUAAGUGCCAAACAUAGCUUUUAGUGCAUCGGGAUGAACAUUCCCAUCCCAUGUAUUAAUGUCUCCAUCUGUUUGAAAAUGGUUCCCUACACUGGCCACCUACUGGGGUCACCUGGAUAGCUCCUAGUUCAGUCAGAAUCCCUGAGGUUUGGCCUGGGCGUUGGUAUUUUUAAAGCUCGUCAAAUGAUGAUUCUCAGGAGACACCAUAGUUAAGAACUAUUGUUUAAAAAUGUGGUGUGUGCGUGUAAAUAGCAGAUGUUAAAAGAGGGUCCGCUGAGUAUUCUUUAGAAGAGGGGCUUUCUGCAAAUCAGGAGUGUACCUACUUCCAAGUAAAUGAGUAGGAAUGGCUUCGGGGACAAGGUGUCAGUCGACAGUCAUACAUUUUAAUCUUACAAAGAGAUGUGUUUUGUUUUCUUCUGAAGGCCCCUCUGCAUUGGUUCUGCUGCUUUAGAACCUACACAUCCCAACACACCCCUCAUCUUUGCCAACAUUGAGAAAUUGUUACCCUCGUUCAGAAGAUGGGUCUUUAAAGCACCUAAAUAAUUGUCUGAAAUUUUUACAUAAACCUCUGGGGUUUGCCUUUGAUCAUGAUCAUUAAUAUCAUUAAUAGGCUCUCUAAAAGUGCGUGUGAAUCUCAAGUUAGCAUUUGGCAGGGCAGUGGAAGAAUGAACGCUUUUAAAAUAGUUUGGCUCAGAAAGUGCAUCUGAAAUAACCCUGUGGGAAAAUCAGGAGAAUUUCUCAUCCUCCAAAGGAUUACCUAGGAUGAGAUACUGACCUUGUAUUUUAAGUUCAGUUGCAUUUCUUAAAACCUCAUUCAUUACCCAGCCUGAUUUAUUUUAGGAGUGAAGUAGGCUGUGGGAGGGGGCUAUAUAAUGAUGUAUGGUUUUUAUGUUUGCUUUUUGUUUUCUGCACAGUUCCCAAAAGAUUUUUAUCAUAACGUGUGUAUAUAUGUCUUAAAAAAAAAAAAAAAACAGCUUCUUCACAAGAUUUACUAUGGCUUUUCUCUCAGAAAUUAGAGCUGAAGAAUUCUCUCCUCUUCAGGCUCUAAGGCGAUCAAACCCCAGAAGGCUGAGUGUGUGCGGGGUGAGCAGAGCGCUGACCUCUGCCAGGGGAGAGGUCAGUUCAGCACACAAGACUCAAAAGGGAGGAAGAAAAAGCAACUCCUCAGCAGGGAGUUUGACUUGCUUUAGGGCAGAAGAGCUUUUAUAAAUGAGUUCCCAGUCUCCCACGCCCUCUCGCUUGCACUUCUGUUACCAGUCCUGUUCUGCGCUUAGACACACACACACACACACACAGACACAUGCACACUCCCACCUCAUUUCCACUCGUUGCUUCACAUCCCUCUCUCCACCUGCCCCAGGAACAGUGGAGAGACUGACAGACCCUGCUCCAGAGGAGGCAGGUGAUGGAUUGACUGGGAAUUUUUCUAGGCCCAGCAGCUCCCAAGGCCUUUUCAGUUCCUCCUUCACACGCUUGACUGGUGAGAAGAACGCAAAAGGCUCUUUCCCAAACCCAGGGUGGGUGCCUGGGAAGAUGAAUACCAGCGCAUCCAUUCCUGUUGUCAGAGGGAGAGGUGGAAUGGUAAAUCAGGGCAGCCCUCAGCCAGGAGGUGGGAGACUGGGCUGGGUGUUUGGGAUGUGUCCCAGGAGGAGGAGCCUAGAGGGACCUUCCUGUCACAGCACUGGAGAAGGACCUUGUGAAGCAGCAACACUGCUGUAUUCAUAUAUUCUCCUUAAAAUGCUGCCCCAGUGAGCCUUGUCCCAGUGCCCUACUGCUUAGCACGUGGACUGUCUGCCUGUGGCAGAGCCUGGGGCAUCUAGAAAAGACUAUUCUCAGGUGGCUCUCCCAUGAAAAUGCCCCAUCAAUCUGAAGGCACUUGUAGGCAGCAGAGUUUUCUACCCCAGAGGUGUUGGGGAUCUGGGUUGCUUUGGGGUUCUUGUUUUGAUACCAACAAGCAUCUUCACCAGGAAUAACCUUCUAGAUUUCAAUAAAAUCACAAGCUCAAAGACAA